UCAGGUCUUCUUUACUCGUGCUCCAGCUCUACCUGUUCUGUCGUCACGGCUUGUACUUGAUGAUGCAUCGUGUGUAUAAUGUCAAGGAUUGGACUUAUUUACAACAUUACUCUCAUGGACAGAUGUAAAAGAAAGGUGGAGUAAAGAUGUCCUCCAGUGACCUCAGUUAUGGAUCUGGUGACUCACACCAUCUCCCUGAAGUGAGGAUUGUGCUCUUGGGCUGCAGGAAAGCUGGGAAAAGUUCAUCAGGAAACACCAUCCUGGGCAGAGACGAAUUUGCUUUACGGACAAGCGCAGAGUGUGUGAAGAGACACGGAGAAGUAGCAGGGAGGAAGAUCACAGUGGUUGAAGCUCCAGGAUGGCAGAGAAAUAAAACUGUAAGCAACUCCACUGAGUCAUUUAAACAGGAGAUUGUGCUCAGUGCAUCCACAUGUCCCCACGCUGUUCUGCUGGUCCUGCGUCUAGACGUCAAAUCGUGGAAGAGUGAGAAAAAUGUGUUGGAGGGAUAUCUGAAUCUUCUUGGUGACGAUGUCUGGAAUCAUACCAUAGUUCUGUUCACCUUUGGGGACUCUCUGAGAGACACAACCCUCGAGCAAUACAUGGAGAGAAGAAAAGAGUACAUCCAGUGGCUGACUGAGAAAUGUGGAAACAGAUAUCAUGUGUUUAACAAUGAAAAGAGAGAUGAUGUCUCUCAGGUCACAGAGCUGCUGGAGAAGAUAGAGAAGAUGGUGGCAGGAAAUAGAGGCUGCCAUUUUGAAAUGGACACAAAAGCAGAGCAUAAGACAAAGAAAAAGACAAAGAAACAUAAGGAAAAGGAAAGAAAGGUGGAAGAUUCUGCAGCAGCUUCGACCUCUCCUCCUGUUCGUUGGCCUGCUCGGAUGUGUUCCCCUAUUCCCUCCAGCCCCGGUUCCAUUACACAUCUAAACAACCCUGGAAAGGAGUCAGCAGGCAAACCUCAACCCACACAUCCUACCCAAGGUUCCUACAAGGGUCUUCACACCUCCCCAAAACAUAAACAAAUUUCAAACCGAAGUGUUCAGCACCCAGAAGACAUCCAAGAAUUUACUCCUGAACUGGUUAAAAGGUGUUCUGAGGAUAAGGACGAAGAUAAAUACAGGUUUCUUUGCCCUCAUGCUGGUCGGUUUAAGUGCAGAGUGACUGAACUUGUGUUUGAGACGGAAGGUAAAGGGGAAGUGCUGUACAGAAUAGUAUCCUGGGACAGGAGACGCUUGGAUGGAUUGGGUCAAAAGGAGCCUGCGGGACCUCUGUAUAAUAUCAACAGCCCUGAAGGUUGUAUCCGUCGUCUGCACUUUCCACACUGUGAGACCGUUACCAAUGUGGUUAAAUUGACUGUGGCGCACGCAACUAGUGGAAACGUGGAGAUCAUUCAGCCGCUAAAAGUAACAGACACACAUGUGAUCAUUCACAUCCAUGGUCUCUCCCUGUUCGCUUUAUUAAAAGCGCUGGUAUUCCAAGCGUAUCCCAUUAGAGCCCAAGUUCUCCUGUUCCAUAAAAAAAAGACUGGAAAACACAGUGUGAGUAAACUGAACAUCCAUCUGUUGCCAGGGAAUGUGCCAGUUAAAGAGGUGCAGAAACAACGCAAGUGCAACGAGAACAUCGAGACAACCUCCAAAUGUCAGCUGAUCCCUGGGAAACUAUACAGGCCGUGCUGUAAAACUACUGACCGUGAUUAUGUACCUCAACCAGAGAAAGAGACGUUUGAUCUUGACUACGGCCCCAACUAUCACCCUACGUUUGAGGUGUUGUUUAAUACCGAGCUUGAUAAGAUCACUCUAAGUCUUUUGGAUGAAAAUGGCCAGGAGGUGUGGACGCCACGUGAUGUCCCGCUUCUUACAGAUACAGAGGCAGUCUCAACAAACACGGAUACAGCAGGUGCUGUCUUUGUGGACAAACACAGAGAAAAGCUCAUUCAGAGAGUUCCUUCAGUAAUGGAGGUUGCAGACGGUCUAAAGAGCAAGAACAUGAUUACUGCUGAAAUGUACAAUAACAUUCAGGCAAAGCCAACACCUCAGGGUAAAAUGAGAGCAUUGUACGCAUGUCUCGACUCGGGGGGAAGAGCUGCGAAAGAAGAAUUCUAUGACAUCCUUGAAAGGAAGCACAUUUAUUUAGUAGACGAUUUGAAGUCUGAAUCAGAUCAGGCCUAUAUGCUGGCUUGCUCAUUAAUAACUCAGUUUGACCCAGCACCCAAAAACCCAGCAACCGGGUUUAUCCUGGUUUUGAUGUCCGUACAGCAUGACACUGCGAAAUGUUCUUUAGCAAAAUGUGUUUUUAUCUUGCAUUGUAGAUGUGAAAAAGAGCUGGAGGAACAGUUAAAGAUGGCACUCACUUACCUCAGAUCUGGAUCAGACCAACAUCUCUCAGAGCUGAGAAUUUUGCUUGUGGGAAAUGUGAAGUCGGGAAAGAGUUCAGCAGGAAACACCAUAUUGGGCAGAAAAAGAUUUGGCUUCAGUAGAACUGCAAACAUCACUCUGGUUGAAGCUCCAGGAUGGUUGAAUGAUAGACUUGUAGAAGAGAGCACCAAUUUACUUAAAGAGGAGAUUGUCCUCAGUGUAUCCAUGUGUCCUCCAGGACCUCAUGCUGUGCUGCUGGUCGUAGGUUUGGACAUUAAUUUUCAAGAUAUUGAUAGACAGAUAUUAGAAGGACACAUGAAUCUUUUUGGUGACCAGGUCUGGACUCACACCAUAGUUCUGUUCACGUUUGGAGACUCGCUGGAAAACAUCACCAUUGAAAAACACAUUGAAAAUGAAGGGAAUGCCCUCAAAUGGCUGGUAGAGAAAUGUGGCAACAGGUAUCACGUUUUCAUGAAUGAUAAUGGGAAUCAUAUGCAGGUUACAGAUCUUCUAGAGAAGAUAGAGGAGAUGGUGGACAGAAACAGGGGUCACCAUUUUGAAACUGACACAAAGAUUUUACAAGAAUUGGAAGAGAAAAGGAGAGUAGAGGAAGGGAGAUCAAUGGAGAGAAGAAGGAAGGUGUCAAAGCAGAGAGAAGAAAUUAGAAAGCACAUGUGUCCGACAAACCAUUUUCCAGAGGUGAAUAUUUUGCUGCUGGGCUGCAGGAAUGCUGGGAAAAGUUCAGCAGGAAACAUCAUCCUACGCGGAGAAGCAUUUCAAUUAAACAGAGCUGUGGAAUCUGUAAUGAGAGAGGGAAAUGUAGCAGAUAGGAAGAUCACUGUGGUUGAAGCUCCAGGAUGGUGGCCUGAUAGACCUGUCGAGGAGAGCACUGAGAUGCUUAAACAGGAGAUUGUCCUCAGUGUGUCCGAGUGUCCUCCAGGACCACAUGCUGUACUGGCGGUGGUAAAUGGGGACAGGAUGUUCAGAAAGAACGACAGAGAAAUAUUAGAAGGAUACCUGAUGCUUCUCGGUGACAAAGUCUGGAAUCACACUAUAGUUCUGUUCACCUUUAUGGACACUCUGGGAAACACAACCAUAGAGAGACACAUCGAGAGUGAAGGGGAGGAUCUCCAGUGGCUGGUUGAGAAAUGUCAAAACAGAUAUCAUGUUUUUAAUAUUCAAAAGAGGGAUGAUGAUAUUCAGGUCAAAGAGCUGCUGGAAAAGAUAGAGGAGAUAGUGGCAGGAAACAAAGACUGCCAUUUGGAAAUCGACACAAAUCUAUCACUAUUAAUAGAGAGGAGGAAAGAAGAGAUAGACAGGUCAAUGGAGAGGAUGCGUUGGGUGUCAAAGCACAGAGAAUUCAUUCACUCACAAAUGCGUAGCCUACACCGUUUCUCAGAGCUGAGCAUUGUACUGCUGGGCUGCAGGAAUUCUGGGAAAAGUUCAACAGGAAACACAAUCCUUGGGAACGAUAAAUCUGAGUUUAACAGUAAAAGUAAAACUUGUGUCAAGAGACAGGGAAAUGUAUCAGGGAUGAAUCUCACUGUAGUUGAAGCUCCAGGAUGGUGGCCUGAUAGACCUGCCGAGGAGAGCACUGAGAUGCUUAAACAGGAGAUUGUCCUCAGUGUGUCCGGGUGUCCUCCAGGACCACGUGCUGUACUGCUGGUGGUAAAUGGGGACAGGAUAUUCACAGAGAAAGACAGAACAAUAUUAGCAGGAUACAUGAAGCUUCUUGGUGACAAAAUCUGGAGUCAGACCAUAGUUCUGUUUACCUUUGGGGACUCUCUAGGAAACACAACAAUAGAGAGACACAUUGAGAGUGAAGGGGAGGCUCUACGGUGGCUGGUUGAGAAAUGUGGAAACAGAUAUCAUGUCUUUAACAAUAGACAGGCACACGAUAAUGAUCAGGUCCCUGAGCUGCUGCUGAAGAUACAGAUGAUUGCAGAAAAAGGAUGCUAUCAUUUCGAAAAGGUCCCGAAGACAUUACGACGAGUAGAAGAGUCGAAGGAAGUAGAGGAUGAGAGACUGAUGGAGAGGAUGUUAAAAGUGUUCAACGAACAUGUGUACUCAAAUAUAUUACAAAAGAUGAGACCAGAGGAAGAGACAUUAUUGGAGAGAAAGGCAAAGGUUCCGCAGUCACCUCCCACCUUCCAAAAACAUCUCGGUACAGAGGCAACGUCACCCAAAACAGAUGUAACAGGUGCUGACUUCGUGGAUCAGCACAGAGAAACGCUCAUUCAGAGAGUUACUUCAAUCAUGGAGAUCGCGGACAGUCUAAGAAGCAAGGAAAUGAUCACUAAGGAAAUGUACAGUUACAUUGAGGUACAGUCAACACCUCAAGAGAAAAUGAGAGAACUGUACAAACAUCUGGAAUCAGGAGGAAGAAAAGUGAAAGCUGAAUUCUAUCAAAUUCUUAAAAAGAAGCAGCCCUUCUUGGUCGAGGAACUGGAGUUCAGAGCAGUUCAGGUUUAGUUAACACUUAAUGGAGAGCACGUAUGCUUGCAUUUUUCAGUUGUGUUAUUGUAAACAUUAUAUCAAAGUAAAUAUUUCAACCAAUUACAGUGCCUUCAAGUAUUCAUCCUCCUUCAAAGUCAUCAGAUUCAUUUGGAUUACAAAUGACACUCACACAGAUAGCACACCAGACAGCAUUGUUAUUGCAAACCAUUAUGCUCUUCAAGUACAUUUUCAACUAAAUGAUCAUUAUUUGUCACUGAUCUAAAAAAAAAAAGAAAAAAAAAUGAAUAAAAAAUCUUGCUUGCAUAAGUAUUCAGUCCUUUCAGGCUAGUACUUUCCUUUCAACUUUGCACACUGUUUGGGAGUCAUUUUUACCCAUUCUUCAAUUUUCAAGCAGUGCCACAGAUUCACAGUGAGAUUCAGAUCUGGAUUGCUUAUUGCGUAUUGGCCUUGUGUUUGGGAAAGUUGUCCUAUUGAAAGUGAAUGUUUCUCCCAAGCUUG